AUCUUCCCCGUGUUAAUUUUUAUGAGUGUCUGGGGCCUGCCAUAUAGCACCACGAUAUGUAUUCUCUGAUAACGGUUUUACAGGUAACUUUAAACAAAAUAGUACAGCAAUUCGCUUGCAACUUGUCGGUGUAGUCAUCAACUUACAAAAAUUUAAUUAUUCAUCACAUAAUAAUAAGUAUGAACUCUUCAGCCUGGAAAAGUCCCCGAAUAAAAGCUGCCGGGAAAAGACUCGGGGAUAACGAAAUGAUCAAUGGAGUUAAUAUUAAACACGAAUUUGAUGAAAUGGAAGAUUAUUGCUUUGAAUCGUUGAUACAAGUGGAAGAAACAAUGCCUUUGAACAUACAAGUAACAAACUGUUUAGCAGACAAAACAUGCGAAUUGUGUCUAGAAUCGUUUACAUCUAUAAAGCAAUUGAAACAUCAUAUUACAACAUCACACAAUGGUAUUUCUAAGAUUAAUGAGUUUUCAAUUAAAAAAGAAGUCAAUAAUGGAUUUGAAGAUAACGAUAUGAUGAACGGAACUAAUAUUAAACAAGAGAAUGAUAAAAUGGAAAAAUAUUACUAUAAGUCUUUGAUAAAAGUUGAAUCAACUAGAGCUUCGGACAUGCUAGUAACGCACGGCUUAGUGGACGAAAUAUGUGACUUGUGUCUGCAGUCAUUUACAUCUCGAAAGCUAUUGAAACAUCAUAUUAGAACAUUGCACAAUGGUCCUAUUUCUAUGACCGAUGAACGUUCAAUUACAACACAUGUCAAAAACAAAUUGAAAUUUGACGAGAUGAACAACCAAACUGUUGUAAAAAUUGAAAGAGAUGAAUUAAAUGGACAUAUUUUUCAAUCUGAAAUAGAAAUUGUGAACACUUUUUUGUUGGAUGCUUAUCAAACAAACUCACCGAUCAAACCAACAGUGAAAAAUCAAUUUAGAGUUGAAUCGAUGGCCAGUGACGACUUUAAGUGCUUUACCAAUGGGACUCAGAUAGAUUCGCAUAGCAAUCAGCAGGGUUUUAUCGAAAAAUCAAAUAAAGUUUUACAGAAAACACGUAUGUUCGUCUGCAACGUGUGUCAAAAAUCGUUUGCUUCCAAAAAACUAAUCAUACUUCAUUUAUCGUCAUCACACAGUCAAUUCUCCAAUAUUAAGCAGAAAUUCCAAAAAGAUGUCAGAAUUCCGGUCAGGCGUGUUAGAAAAUAUUCUCGUAAUGAUAAUAAAAAGACUGGUAAGUCUAAAUUUAAAUUACAUAAACGCCUGCGUACCGUCAAAAGACAAUACAAAUGUAGGGUUUGUGAAAAAUCAUUUUCCUAUAAAUCUACUCUGAAUAUACAUAAUCGCGUGCAUACUGGUGAAAAACCAUAUGAAUGCACUGUGUGCAAUAAAACGUUUAGCAGUAAGGGUAAUCUUAAAGCACAUUAUAACGUGCAUACCAGUAAAAAACUAUACGAAUGCGAUGUUUGUCAAAAAAAAUUUAAGCAAAAAUAUGCUUUUGAAAGGCAUAUGCGAGUUCAUAACGUUAAUAAAUCAUUUGAAUGCACUAUGUGCAAUAAAGUGUUUAGCAGUAAGAGUAAUCUUAGAACACAUUAUAGCGUGCAUACCAAGGAGAAACCAUACAAAUGCAGUGUUUGCCAAAAAUUAUUUAAGCAACAAUUUGCUCUCAAAAGGCAUUUGCCCGUUCAUACCGUUAAUAAGUCAUUUAAAUGCACUGUGUGCAAUAAAAUGUUUAGCAGUAAGGGUAAUCUUAAAACACAUUAUAACGUGCAUACCGAUGAUAAACCAUACGAUUGCAAUGUUUGUAAAAAAUCAUUCGUCCGAAAAUCUGCUCUCAAAAAUCAUAUGUGUCGCAAGCAUACCGGUAAGAAUCCAUUAGACAAAAGAAUGCACAGAUGUAGUGUUUGUGAAAAAUCGUUUUUCUAUAAAUCUACUCUUAAAGCGCAUAACCGCUUGCAUACUAGUGAGAGACCGUACGAUUGCGACGUUUGCCGAAGAACAUUUAAACAAAAGUGCAAUCUAAAAGUACAUAUGCGCGUGCAUGCCGUUAAGAAACCGUUCAAAUGCCAAGUGUGCAAAAAAACUUUCAACAGUAACGGUUACCUCACGAUACACAAUCGAGUGCAUACUGGCGAAAAACCGUAUGAAUGCGUUGUUUGCCGCAAAUCGUUUGGCCAAAACUCUACCCUCAAGACGCACAUGCGCACGCACACCGGCGAAAAACUGUACAAAUGCUCUGUGUGUAAUAAAACCUGUAGCACCAAGGGUAAUCUCAAGUUGCAUAACCGUGUGCACAUCAAAAACAAACCGUAUUCGUGCGACGUUUGUCAUAUAUCGUUUGCAAAAACUUCUUUUCUUAAAAAUCACGUUUGGCGCAAGCACACUGGCAAGGCGCCAUUUGAAUGCACCGUGUGCAAUAAGACUUUUAGCAGCAAUUGUAGUCUCCGGACACAUAAUCGCUUGCAUGCCGUCAAGAAAAUAUAUAAAUGCGGUGUUUGCCGAAAAUCAUGUGUCCAAAAAUCCAGUCUCAAAUUGCAUAUGCGCGUGCAUACCCGUGAAAAACCAUUUGAAUGCACCGUUUGCAAGAAGACCUUUGGCAGUAAGGGUAAUCUUAAAACGCACAAUCUCGUGCAUACCAAGGAGAAACCAUACGAAUGCGUUGUUUGCAAAAAAUCAUUGAAGUAUAAAUGUACUCUCAAAUCGCAUAUGCGCGCACAUACUAACAAAUAGUAUAGUAGUGUACCUACCUACCACUAUUCAUAAUCAAAGUGAGAAACACAAAAGGACAAUAGAAUAAUAAUAAUAAAAAAUAUAUCUUCAACGGCAUACUAACCGUACAACGCUUAUUAAGUGUCUUUUUAAUUAAUUUCUUUAGAACUUUAUUUUACAUUUGUGACAAACUAUAUAGCCACAUUAUAUUUCAGAAUGUGGAAGUUUAAAUUUAUUAUUUUUUGUGUAAUAAAUCAAAAAACUAUUCGAAAUCCAUGCUGCCUUUAACCUGGUGGGCACACAAUAUAGUUUGGCACGGAUAACGGUUAAAUUUAAGAAUUUACUAUCAAAAUUAAUAUAUAUUAUACAUGUAUUUUAAUAAUUUUUUUUUUAAAUAUUAAUAACUAUUUAUAAUAUGUUGUUUCUAGAUAAAUAGUUCAUUAUAUCAAUAUAUAAUAUGCUUAUUUUAGUAUAAUUUAUACAAACUACCUAUUCAAAUUGUACAAAAUAAUAUAUGUUUAAAAUU